CCUCAUUUCAUCCUUAAAUAUCUCCGUUCAGUCACCUAUCCAUCCGAUCUCCUGUCCAGCUUCUGAUCAUUAUGGGGCUACUUGACCAGUUGUGGGACGACACUGUUGCGGGUCCUCUACCUGAUGACGGUCUCGGCAAGAUCCGAAAGCACUCCUCUUUCACUUUCCGGCCUAAAUCCUCCAAUGAAUCCGAUGGCGGGAGUCUGAGACCGUUCAGUGUUGAAACGUUGUCGGAGAAAACUACGAAAGUGACACGUUCGAUGAUGAUCAUAAAAUCGCCUCGUUACCAGAGCGGAUCGCCUCCGGUUUCCCCGGCCGAAUCUACUCCUCCGGUAUCUCCUUUUUCUAGCAAAGAGUCGUUUUGGUUUUGGAGAAGGCCUACAUCGGACGCAUACGAAAAGGCCGGGAGCAACAUUGGACCUAGGAGCGCUCCUCCUCCUCAUGACAUGUGAGAUGUGAGCCUCUUCGGUGACCUAUUAUUCUACGACGAAUCGAUAUUUGUUUAGUGUACUGCUCAAGCUUAUAAUCUAAUGUCAAUUAGAGUUUGCUGCUUUUGUUUUGCAAUGCAAUCUGUACUUUUGUCUAUAUGACUUUAUCAUCAUGGGAUAAGAUGUAUAGAAUGACAAUGUACGUAUUUUUCUCUUGUUGAAAAUAAGAUUUCAGUUUCGGUUUUCUCUUA